UUUGAAUAUUCCUUGUAGUUACUGUAUUCAUCUCACAGGCUUCAGAAGGUGAAUGGCUACAGAAGCAAAAUACUGUUUAGACUAUUUUGCUAAAAUAGAGGAAGCUGCACAAGAUAUUAUUAGUGACAGAGAAUGCAUAGUUGAAUAUAGCAGGAAAAGUAAUUCACUUAGAGAAGCUAAAAGGGCUCUUCAGGCUGAUUUAAAGAAAGAUAUCCCUGUUUCAAAGACAUGGGUCUUGUUUGGAAACAUGUUUAUAAAAUGUCCAAAAGAAAAGGCUUUUGACAUUGUUCAGAAAGAUCAGGCUUUGAUUGAUGAAGAAAUCAAUAGAUUAAGGGAUAAUUUAAAGCCAAAGGUUGAAAAUUUGAGAAAUUUAGAAGGCAAACCUCCAUCUAAGUUCAAUCUAAAACCCCUCAGCAAAGAUGAACUUAAUGCAAUGAAAAGAAUAUUAAAUCCUGUUUAAAUGUACAAUAUUUAUUUUGAAUUUUUCUUUUGUAUAUUUUUUGGUUUUGAAUGAUUAUAUACAUAGUACAUUCAAUAUCUGUACAAAUAUGUUAAGCAGCUGAGACAGUUGAAAAUAUUUGUAAAUUUUGGUACACACUUUCAGAAUAAAUUCUUAUGUAAGAUAUAUAUUCAAAA